CCGACGUCCACGGUCUGCGAAGGGCGAGGGUGUCCGCGGCUCCGCGCAGCUGGGGGUGCAGGAGGAGACGGCGAGGCACGGCCACCACCGCGACGGCAACGGCGACGGUGAAGGCUCGCUGUCCGACGUCCACGGUCUGCGCGGCCUUCUCUCCGGAAUUGUGAAUUGUGAGCCGCGGGCGAUGGCUUCUACGAGCUCCUCCACUACUGUCUCGUCGUACAACAAUAACAGACCUCCACUGCCAUUAGACGAACAGUUUUACAGUCCGUUUCCGAGCACCUGCAAUUGCCCGGAUCAGAAGGAGACGGUCCAGCAUGUCUCGUGGAAGCCUACAAACCCACUUAGAAGAUUUACCGUCUGUCCUAACAGAUUCAAGGAUGUGAAGGAACUUCAGAAAUGCAAACUUUGCAAAUGUUCCCUUUUUGAGUGGAAUGACACUCCAUUAACUGAUUUUCAGAAGAGCAUGUGGUUUCGGUUGAAGGGCAUGGUUCAGAGUUUGGAGAACCAGGUUCAGAGUUUGGAGGACCAGGUUGCGAGGUUGGAAGCAGAAGCAGCUCUGAUGGUAGACUUGCAGCAGCAGAAGGAUAAGAUUAUUGCUAAGUUGGAAGCAACACUAGCUGACAAGCCUAAGGAGAAGGCGAAGAAGGUGAAGAAGGUGAAGAAAAUUUGCUGCUUCCCCAUUUCAGUAGUGGUUUUUUCAUUGGGGGUAUUUCUGAUUGCUUGGUGGCUUAGGGCCUGUUUGGCUACCACCUCAUAAACUUUAGGAGACUCAUAAAGUUUAUGAGCCCCUAAUUGCUAGUCCUAAAAAUUAGGAGUGGGGUGUUUGGAUGAACUCAUAAUUUUUAGGAUGUUAGAGGGAAAAUGACCGUUGUACCCCUAAUUAAAGGAGCAACUGCCGGCCCUUUCUGCCUCUGGUUUUGGCGCGAGCAGCAGGCGCGGCUGGUUUUGGCGCGAGCA